GCCGCUGGCGCCCGAGAGGAGCCGCUGGGCUGGCCGCGGGGACCGGGAGGCGCGCAGACUUCCCCCCGGGGCGUCCCCGGACGGUUGGCAACCGAGCUGGCGCCUGCUAAACGGCCAGGGGGGGAUUUUUUUUGCAAAGGAGGCGGCGGCGGGAUCGCCGAAGAGGCGCCGCCCCGGAGCAGCUACCUCGGCAUGGUCUACCCCGGAUGCCUAGGGAGGCAACCUUGACGGGCAGGAAGAUCUUGGCAAAGUCUCCUAGUAACCUCCCCGCCUCCCUCCCCCUUUCUGCGGAGGCCUGGAUGACAACCGGGAACGGCCAGCCGAAGGUCGAUUGAUGAACUCGCCCUUGCGGUCUAUAAAUAGGUGACAGACAGCAAGGCAGGAUGGGGCAGAAGGUCACGGGAGGGAUAAAGACGGUGGAUAUCAGGGACCCGGCAUACCGGCCGCUGAAGCACGAGCUUCAAGGGCUGGACUACUGCAAGCCCACCCGGCUAGACCUCCUCCUGGACAUGCCGCCCGUCUCCCGCGAGGUCCAGUUGCUGCAUUCGUGGAACAACGACGACCGCUCCCUCAACGUCUUCGUGAAGGAGGACGACAAGCUGAUCUUUCACCGGCAUCCGGUGGCCCAGAGCACGGACGCGAUCCGGGGCAAAGUGGGGUACACGCGAGGGCUCCACGUCUGGCAGAUCACGUGGGCCAUGCGGCAGCGGGGCACGCACGCCGUGGUGGGCGUGGCGACGGCGGAGGCCCCUCUGCAUUCCGUCGGGUACACGACUCUGGUCGGGAACAACCACGAGUCGUGGGGAUGGGACCUCGGGCGGAACCGGCUGUACCACGACGGGAAGAACCAGCCCAGCAAGACGUACCCUGCCUUCCUAGAGCCGGACGAAACCUUCAUUGUGCCAGACUCUUUCUUGGUGGUGCUAGACAUGGACGAUGGGACGUUGAGCUUCAUCGUGGACGGACAGUAUAUGGGAGUUGCUUUUCGGGGACUCAAAGGGAAACAGCUGUACCCGGUUGUCAGCGCCGUGUGGGGCCACUGUGAAAUUAAGAUGCGAUACUUGAAUGGGCUCGACCCUGAGCCUUUGCCUCUGAUGGACCUCUGUCGACGUUCCGUGCGCCUCACGCUGGGCAAGGACCGGUUGAGUGAGAUCCAUGAGCUGCCGCUUCCUGAAUCCCUCAAGAGUUACCUUCUCUAUCAAUAACUCCGCCGGAAGGACUCGCUUGCACAAGAGGGUGGCUGUGGCCUCUCUGGAUGAGCAGCCCGCUUCCCCUGCCCUUCCCUCUCCUGGUGCAAACCUUUGGCAGGCAACUGGCUCGACGUCUGUUCCCCUUCACUCUGCCAAACCCAAACCCAGCUGUUUGGCAAGAGCUCCUUAUGCAAAUCUCGAUCGGGGCAGGGGGAGAAGAUCAUAGCCCCCCCCCCCCCUAAUCCAACCACUGACAAGCCAGCAGAACCUCGCUGUGCCCAUAUCUCGCUCAUCCUUGGCCAUCGUCUGAGUGGCGCUCUUGUUUGGUUCCCCUCUCUUACGCUGGCUGGAGAGGGAACAGGAUUUGGGGGGAGACGGCAGCUAAGAUUCCAGGUGCUAGGCCGCCUCGGCUGCAGUGUGCGAGUUGGCGUACCAAAACAGCCAGUUUUUUCCUCCAGCAGGCAAAACCGUGACAGAGAAAAUGUCUCCGUUUGUUCAGACAAAGAGACUGCCGGAAGGGGCCCUGGCUGUCGCCGGGAUUGGCUUUCUCCGUGCUGUGCCCCCUUGCUGUUGGGCCUUGUGUUGCCAUACCAGUUCGGUACCGACUGGAGGCCCGAAACCUCGAUGCUGCCAUUUUGACUGCUCCGUCUGGAUAUUCACUUGAACCUGUAAUUCUGAGGGUUGGCGUGAGAACAUCUUCAAAUGGUGCCCAGUUCCAUUCUGCUGAAGGGGCCCCGGGCGGGAGCUUGCUCUUCUAGACUGACUUAAGUUCGUUGGCACAAGCCAAACCGAUCGUUAAGGCUGGCCCUAGAUUUCCCCCUGCCUCUUCCGUCCUCUUGUCAGCUUGAACAGAGCAAACUUUGGUUCUGAAACCCAUGUGCUUCCUUCUCUCUCUGUAGUUUUCCAGGUGCAUCGUUGGAGUCAGCCAUCCUGGGUCUUGAUCCGUGCAUUUCCUGCUGUUGCAAUUUGUGGCAAAACCAGAAUUUUUAACUCCUUCCUUGGCGUUAAAGUUGUGUUAAAAGGGAGAGGAGAAAACUGAUCCUUCGUAGUUACCUUAGGGCUGAAGACAAAGUUGUCUGCUUACCGGUAACCCCUUGUCUUGCCGUAUCACUGCCUGACUUGUUGGAUAGCUGGACAAAUCUCUAGCCGGCUCUCAAGAGACGGCCUUGAGCAGCUGCUGUGAGCUGACCUCCUCCCCCCCCCCAAAAGGGCUUCCCCCCACCUUUUCUGUUCAUUCAAGCUGUAAAUUGGUCUGAAAUGCAGGUCAGCAGUGAAGAAUUGGAUCCUUGGUUGGGGGUUGAAUACAGCUGUUCUAGUUUCUUGACCUUCUUAGCCUUAACAAAAGGGAAGGGGGAGAUGCAUGUAGAAACACUGCUUGGUACAGAGUAGGGGAGUGAAUGGGAAGGCAAGCUGUGUUCAGAUCCUGAUGUGCCCCGGUUGGUCUAGAAGAGCAAGUGAACUUUCUUAUGUUGUUGUCGGGGCUAUCCCAGUUCAGCAAACUUCUAAGCUGCCUUAGAGGGUUUAAUCUUUGCACAUGUUUUUUUCUUCUCCUGGGGAAGGAAAACACACACACUUGAGUGUCUUUCGCACCAGAUUUGUGUAGGGGGGGAGGGUGUCUUCUCUUUUUAUUCUGUACAGGUACAAAUGGACUUGUUUGUUAGAAAAAUGUUUAAUAUAUUUUUUUGCUUCGGUUUGUAAAAAGGACUGUUUGGGGGUUAUUUUUGUUUGUUUUGUUUUUAAGAAAAGCUGCUGUAGGGAGUUUAUUUUUUUUGUUGUUGUUUUAAAGUAAAGUUGCCUAUUUUUAAAAAGUGCACAGUGGGUGCCGAGUUCAGAUCUGGGUGGGGACUUUGACCAGAGUUGUUUUUUUUCUUUAAAGGAAGGAAAAACAUGUUAAAGGGUGGGACACUUUCGAAUCACACAAGGUUUUAAAUGUGUACAGAGCCAAGAAUUUUAAUUGAACGGUCCUGCAUGCGUCUUCCACUGCCACCUGGAAUUGGCCACAUCGUCUGUUGUCUCUGGAACCAACUUCUUUCCUUUUCACCUCAGCCUCCUGUUUCCACCCGUGGUGUGUUUGGCUUGUACAGUUUUUAAAUGUCUUGUUCUUCUUUUUUCCCCCUAUUGACUAUAGAUAAUCAGUAACCAAACUGAAAAAAAAAUAAAAAUUUAUUAAAUAUUGAGAA